AUUAUUUUUUAUUCUGCUUUCGCUUUUUACUUUCUGCAAUGUGAACAAGUGGUGCGGGAGCGGGGUAGUGUAGUUUUGUCUAUUUUAUUGUCCAUUCUCAUUCGCUAAUCGCUAUUAUUAUUUAUUUUGUGGAUGUGGAUUAAAAUAAACAGUGUUAAUGUUAAAUAGAGGUGCAAGACUAGUUGCGCUUUUGCACAGGAGACUUUCGAGAUUUUAAGUGAUUCCUUUCUUCAGGAAUAACCUUUGUCUUGAGAAUAAGAUAAUGACAGAAGAGGGAGAAGGAUUGUCCUGGUUGCAUGAUCUUCUGAAAGAGUUAGAACUUGAGCAAUUCUUCUCACGAAUACGAGACGACCUGCAGGUUACUCGGCUCACACACUUUGACUAUGUGCUUGUGGAGGACCUAGAGAGAGUAGGUAUGGGUGCGCCAGCCGCACGCCGUCUGGUAGACAUGGUGAAGAAGCGGCGUGCGGCACAGCGACGGCGCAGCCUCCUCACCAAACUGAUGCCAGCCAAGGGUGGUACCAUGGGCAAACAGCGGAGUGGCUCCAGUGGCACCACAGAGUCUCCUACGGCACUCAGCGCCGUCAGUCUCACAUGUCUUAUACAGGAGAAGGACGUCAGCCUAGGUAACAAGCUGGGUGACGGUUCGUUUGGUGUGGUGAGGAGAGGAGAGUGGAGUAGCCCUACAGGACGGCUGGUGUCUGUGGCAGUCAAGGUACUGAAGGCAGACGCUCUCACACAGCCUGGAGUACUGGAGGACUUUGUAAAGGAGGUGCAGGCGAUGCAUCAACUAGACCAUCCACAACUGAUCAGGCUGUACGGUGUAGUGCUGACUCAACCCAUGAUGAUGGUGACAGAGUUGGCAACACUGGGCUCUGUACUGGAGUACAUGCGUAAACAGAGUGGCCACAUUCCCAUAACUCAGCUGUGGGACUAUGGACUGCAGGUGGCUACUGGUAUGGCCUACCUGGAGACUAAGAGGUUUAUACAUCGGGACCUCGCCUGUAGGAAUGUACUGCUGGCCUCUGUUGAUAAGCUGAAGAUUGGAGACUUUGGGCUGAUGAGGGCUCUGCCGCAAGCCGAGGACUGUUACGUCAUGACAGAACAUAGCAAGGUGCCGUUCCCGUGGUGUGCGCCAGAGUCUCUCAAGGCCAGAAUGUUCAGCCACGCCAGUGACGUGUGGAUGUUUGGAGUCACUCUGUGGGAGAUGUUCACAUUCGGCCAGGAGCCGUGGCUGGGCCUCAACGGAAUGCAGAUCCUUCGCAAGAUAGACCGAGAGGGAGAGCGACUUCAGCAACCUGAGGCUUGCUCCCCAGAGUUCUACAAACUUAUGAUGCAGUGUUGGAGCAAGAACCCUGCAGAACGACCCACAUUCUCCGCCAUCUUGCAGCUUCUGCGCCGCAGUGCCCCGCCUGUCAUGAAGGCACUGCAGAGACUAGCGGAGCCCGAGAAACUAGCGGUGGAGCCUGGGGACAGCAUCAUCAUUGUAGACGGCAGCCCGGAGUUGUACUGGUGGCUGGGACAGAACCUACGCACCUUUGAGAUCGGACGAUUCCCCAGGUGUCUUGUAGACCCGAUGAGACCCAAGGACCCUACAGAUAUCAGCAAGCCACUGACCAACUCCUUCAUUCACACGGGACAUGGAGAUCCAUGGGGUCCCUCGUGGGGUAGUCCGUCAGCCAUAGACGAGGUCUACCUUCGUAACCCAAUGGAUCCACCCGAUGUUCUGGGUAUACCUAACGGCAACGCUCCGAACGUGUUGUCUCCGCUCGCUCAGCCGAAGAACAAACAGGAACUAGAGAGAGUGAGGGAGAUAUGGGAAGUGAGGGUUAGACGACUGCUGGAACAGUUCCCUCAAAUGGAACUGCCUCGGUGGCUCUCUCAUCUUUUGGCCGAGUAUCCGGCUCUGUGUAACCGGGACGGACAAGCAACACACCUGCUACAAAGGCACAGCGCCAAAGGUCAGUUUGAGUACUCCAAGCUGCAGAAUGAACACAAACACAAGCAUCGGCCCAAGACUAAUGACACGAGGGUGACCCGACCAGCCCCCGGGCGACCACCUGACCCGGUAAGGGCUCCGUCAGAGGCGGUGUUGAUAGACUUUGGGGACGCCCCCCCUCCAGCACCCGCACCGCCCCCAAUGGGUCACAGUCCCGGCACGAGCUUGAUAGAUGAACCCAUCGAUGUGCCUGAGGAUGGCAUAGAAGAUGACUGCUGGAGCACCUCAGAUUCCUUUACUGGAACGGAAGAGAGAGGGUACGCAAACUACCAGAACAACACAACCGCAAUGCCCGACCCCUUCGAUACAUCUCGGGUGUACCAACCAACCAACAGUCCAUCACGUUACUACUCCCAAAUCACCCCUGAGAACGUGACAAUGCAACACUACUCCAACACGGACUUGGAGGAAUCCCCAGUGAAGAAACUAGAUCCCAAGUUCAUUACUGAGCUGGAGAAACACCUUGGGCAGAAGGAGGCGAGCGCUAACACCCAUAACACGUGGAACCACGUAGUAGCCAAGAGUGGCUCAGGAGAGUCGAUUCCUGCGCUGAUGCCCCCACCGCAGUCGGGAGGGAGACUGCAGCGCAAGCCGUCCAACGCAGCCGCCACACUACCAGCUGGCUCCCUAGUGCAGAACUCGUGGUCAACCAAGAGCGUCAACUUGAGGUCCGAGAGUAAUCGGUAUUCCCGAGCGCAGAGUGUUUGUUUGCCUCAAAAUUGGAAUGUUACAGAACAGGGUACAGGGUCGUCAAAAGAUCUAAGGUAUGGAAACUUGGCGGCGGCUGGUGAUGCGUUUGGGUCUUCACCCAGUGUAAAUAGUGUUUCAAAGAACGUUCAUUUUGAUCAGACUCUUUCCGAGUCAUUAGUUAGUAAAAUGUGGAUUAGCCAGCAACAGAACGAACAGGGUACAAAUAGUCAGCCUCAGAAGGAGCAGAGAACAAACUGUCAGUCGUACCAGUACGAACAGAGAUCGAGCACUUUGCCUCACCAAUACGACCCUGUAGAUACAUCGUGGAGCAAUUAUGCCCCUACACCAUCCUCACAGCCUAACUACGCAUGUACGCCUUCUUCAAAGUCUAAAUACGCCUCUACGCCUUCGUCACAGUCUAACUACGCUCCUACACCGUCCUCACAGUCUAACUACGCUCCUACACCGUCCUCACAGGCUAACUAUGCCUAUCCUUACUCAACGGUCAGUCCCGGUGGUGAUGAGAUUAGAGUGAACAAAGUGCGCCAGGUGAUGGCCCAGGCUGGAGCCGGCGUAGCUGAGGAGGAGUGUCUGGCGGCGCUACAGCAGCACCAGUGGGACACACAGCGGGCACUGCGCCAGCUCAAACUGGACUCUCUAACAAGGCUAGGUUUGGCGUCGAGGCAUCAAUGUGAAGUCGCUCUCAACUCUUGCGACUGGAGUGUGGAGCGUGCUGCGUCUUACAUCCUGGACACUGUGAAGAGCUAGCAACAAGCCAACUCUAGAUAACAAUGUACAACCUAGCUCGUACAAAUACACAAACGCCUUUUAGUGUAUUCAAUGUUUUCUGUGAUCAGUUGUCUUCUAAAUCCUCUCCACUGGCUGAAUGGCUGGCAAAAGUUUUCCUGUGAAACCUGAAAACUGUAUGUUGUUUUUUAUUCUUUAAAUGGUCGAUAAGGUUCAAUUUUAGUACAUGCAUUGAGAAGGGAAACAGUAUUAAGUCAGGGUUGAUACCGUUUAAUUUAUUAGAAUGAACCUUGGAUAAAUAUUUUUUCCUAUGAAAAACUCUUUUACAGGGUGUGGAAAAGUCAUCAUUUUGUGUUACGGGUAGUGAUACUGGCCAUGAAAGGCUCUGGAUUUACUAGAGGUUCAUGAAAGUCUCUGAAAAUCAUAGAUUUUUAUUUAAAGACAUUCUGUCAGGGAUAUUUAUUAGUUGGCCACAAAGUGCUUAAAGCUGGGUUUUCCUAGGCGCGGAAUCGGCGAGCGAAGAGAGGAACGCGGAGAGCGGACCCCACUUGUCUUAGGCAAUUUAAUGUUACUGUUUUCCUAGAAGCGGAGCGGAAUGCCAUGUUAAUUUCAAUUCCGCUCUCCGCGUUCCUCUCUCCGCUCUCCGCUUCUGCGCCUAGGAAAACGCAGCUUAAAACAGUAAUUUUAUCUUUCCUUCCACAACAAUUUGAGGCAACAAUGGGUAAGUGGUAAGGACUUGCCCAAGAACUACUUUAGCCCUCUAAUAACACAAGUAUUUAAAACAGGUGUUUAUGCUGCAGUAUGAAAAAAAAAUCAUUAAAGUAAUUCAAAAAGGGUAUGAACGAUAACCAUUAGCAGUGGAGGAGUUUUGGUUAGUGUUUAUUUAAUUAGAAUAUGUUAAUUGUUUAGGUUUUAGUUUAUACAUUUAAUUUCUGGCUUUGUCAACAUGGUUCUGCAAAUUAAAUAUCAUUUUUUGUGUUAAAAAUUGAUAAGUAAAAACAAACUGUUUUGAUUUGAUCCAAAAGUUUAGUUCUAUAAGUAAAAUAAAGAUCUAAAAUGUCCUCUUUUACCAAGUAUUUUUUUUUACAUUUUAUAAAUAAAUUUGUAGUUUGCCCUAGUACCUGAAACUAAUUUUACUGUGGACUCUUGUUUUGAGGAAAACUAAGCAUUAAAUUUAGUUUGUAACUGGUAAGUUUAUAAUAGAUCAGUUUGGGUGGCUUUCUAUAUCGAAAUACCAUGACUUACUGAAGUGAAUUAUUCUCCUGUAAAAUGGUGAUCAUGGUAAAUUUUCAACAGGGGAUAAUACAUUUAAUUGCUAAAAGAUUGUAACUUCUGCCUUUUAAUAAUUUCAUAACACCAAAUGCCUCAUAUUAUUUUAUAAAUUAGCUUUAUGGGAUUUAUAGUACACAAGCUUAGUGACCAGUGUAGCUUGGUGUAUCCUUUGUUUAUUACUGGCAUACAGUAUUGUUAUGCUAAACAUUUUUUUUUUCAAGCACAAUAUACUGUAGUUAGAGCCUAUGUUUCAAUCUAAUUUAAACAAGUGUAAUAUCAAUAUGUAUUGAUUUUUUAACUUAAAUUGUAAUUUGUUUUUGUAUAUUUUGUAUUUUAUUAAUUUUGUGUUUUAUAUUUUUAGUGUAAGUAUUAUUUUAGAUUAUUAAACAUGAUGGUCCUUUUUAGUAUUUACAACAUUACUCUUUGAGACUGUUUGCUUUAUAAAUAUGUACAGUUUUAGAUUACCUUCAAAUGUAGGUAUUAUACCUAAUUAAACGUAUUACCAAAUACCAUAAUAAUAUCAUGGCUUUAAAAGUAUUUAUUUAUACUAUCCAACAUGUUAUAUCAAUAUCAUUGAGUGAAAUAAACACUUUUAAUAAUUUUCAGUUAUUACAGUCUUACAUUUUUUUUUCUUGAAGGUCGAUAUAGGUAAACUUGCAGACAAAUAAGAAUAAUAAAUAAUUAUUAUAAACAGUGUUACAUUUAGUUAAAAAAUACCUAAGUAAUUAUUGUUGGUAAACAAUUUUUGUAUUUUACCUUUGACUAUUAAUAAAACUUGAGUAUCCAAUAGCCAAUGAUUUGACAUAGUAGGAAGACAAAUUUCAGUCCUUAAUUAAUUGUUGGUUAAUAUCAAAUAUUUAUUGUGUUGAUUUUCUUAUAAUAUAGGUUCAUAUAAUAUGGUUAUGUAUUAAAAAGGUUUUCACAAACAAAUAAUAUAAUUACCUCGAUUAAUUGGUCUCUUUGGUUUUCUCAGAUUAAGAGGGUUCUACAGCAGCCUGAAUUUAAAUUCAAGAUGGCGGAUUAUAUGGAUGAAAUAUAGUUCGGGAUUGAGCAUGCCCCUAUUGUACAAGCUCUCAACUUUCUAAAACUAAUCUGUUUCCAAUGAUUGUUGUGCUUUUUGUGCUCUUUACAUUUUAAAGCUUGCAAUGGAUGAGCGGAAAUUAAUUUUUAACUAUUAUUUAGAAGUUAAGACUACAUGUAAAAAAGGAUAACUUAUGGAUUUUCAAAAUUAUUUUUUAAAUACUUAAGGAAACAAUUAUAAAGUUUCAGUUCAUCCAGUGCAUAGUUUGGAUCUUUGUGAAUAUUUUACAGUUCAUUUCAACUGAAUACAGACUUAUAAAUAAUGCCACGAGGUUCUUUUUUGUAGGACCAUGUUUACGUGGUAACCCUCUUAAUUUUACCAACAUCAUUCAUUAUAUAUCUUUUUAAUCGUUUACUUUUUUUAUCUAUCAACAUAAAUGACAGGUACUUACACAGGGUACUUUGUUAUAGAUUAUUUCAAUGGGGUGUUAAUUAAUAAUAUUAUUUCAGUUAUAUGAAAUAUUCUUGUAUGUCAUUUAUCAAUGCAAUGUACUUAGAAUUAGUUAUACAUAAUAUACAAACCAUUGAUAUACUUUCUAUAUUACAUUAUUGAGUUGUAAAGAACAUGUUUUAAAUGAUUAAAUAUGUUGAUAAAUUGUAAA